AUGGCAGAAGAAUAUGGCUUUGAAUAUGUUUACAUUCCAACAUUGACGCAGCAAAAAGUGAUUAGCGUGAUUGGAAUACCGACGGCAAUUCUCUCCGUUGCAGGCUCUUCACUGAUCAUUCAUCACGUCCUACAAAACAGCAAGAAGACUCCAUAUAGAAGGAUUCUGUUGGCUCUGAGCUGUUGUGAUAUCAUUGCAACUUUUGGCUAUAUCAUGCAGCCCUUUUUUGUCCCCACUGGCUAUUUUAAUUCAUACGUCUGGGCGUUUGGCAACAAAACCACCUGUUCGGUGCUCGGAGCCUUGACUCAAUUUGCUUUCGCAUCUCAUUUCUAUGGCGCUUUCUUGAGCUUUUACUUUGUCUCGACCAUUCGGUACGGUAUGCGGGAAGAUGCCUUUUCCAAAAAGUAUGAACGAUGGCUGCACUUGUUCAUUGUAAUAUGGUCAGUUGGGACAUCUGUUGCAGGACUGGUAAUGGACAUUUUUCGGGCCAAUGUUUUAGGACCUGGCUGUUGGGUCAAUACCUUUCCAGAUGAGUGCAUCCCAGAAGAAGGGUGUAAUGUAGAGUUGAUUGGUUGGGUCUUUGGAGGACUGCCUUCGUUGUUCUGUUUCAUUGCAAUCAUCGUCAACAACCUCAUUCUCUACUGCUUUGUACGGCAAACGGUAAAAGAGGGUGAAAAGAAGGCCCUUCAAAAUGAAUCGAGACUUGCCAUGUACAACAGUACACGAUCCGGCAUGGAUGCGUCCGUGGAAGAAGUUUCUUUGGCCGGAGCUUCCACACGAUCGGUUGGAACUAGGAGUGUCCUUCGAUCAUCGGAAAAGCAGUUGCAACGCGUACGAGAUGUGGGAAAGCAAUCCUUUUUGUACGUAUCCGCCUUUUUCCUGUGUUACAUUUGGUCCUUGGUCAAGCACGGCCUGGAUGGUCAAAACUUUGAUGAGAUUGAAGGGUCGGGAGCCUAUUUUUUGCCCCUUUUGAUAUUGCAAGCAAUUUUCUUGCCGGCACAAGGGUUCUUCAAUGCUAUUGUCUACUUUCGACCAAAGUACAUGCAAGCAAAGCGUAAAUACAAGGAUCAAUCCUUUAUCUGGUAUUGUCGCCGUUCCAUUAUUGGGGAGAAGCUGAAACCUGCUGGUACCAACUUCCAUACACAGAGUGCUGACACAUUGGGCGGUCCGACCCGAUCGAAGCGAAUUACGUUUGCAGGAGAACUAACUUCCUCCUACUCAAAUUCCAUGGCGCCGAUUCCAGAAACUCUAAGGAUUCCACAGGAAGGAGCUGGACGGGCGGCGUUACCAUCCAUGUUGGAAUCUACCACCGAAUCAAUGUUCGAAACUUCUACGGAAGAAGGCAAGGAAUAA